AUGACAAGCACGAAAAAUACAGGAGGCACCUCGAGUGGUCAGCUCGUAGGCAUCCAUUACUCAGAACCCAGAGUAAAAAUGGUACAGUUCCUGCUCGAAAGGGGCUCCACUCCCAGUGAUGUGGACAAGGGCGAAACAGUAUGGGCCCGUUUCAUAGUUUCCAUGUACUUACUCACGAUCGAGGCUAAGGUCCAGUUCUCCGAACAAGCCAAAUCUUGGUUCGAGAUUACGAAAUUAAUGCUACUUCGAGGGGCAGAUCCACAUAUGAUAUGUCCUGUCAACGCCCAACCUGGAAAACCAAUCGAAAUAUCAACCACGGGGCAAACAACGGCCAUGGACGUUCUUUUCACGAUCUUCGGCGCAGACGCCAGGUUCGAUGUAUCCGAACUUGAGGAUUUGGUAGAGCAACCCCAAAGGCCUCCACAAUACCGCAACGCGAACGACUCGUAUCUCCAGGUCCCAGGAAACCAGCAAGGGGUUAAUGUUUGGCGAACCCAUUCUUCGUCGUCGUCCAUUUCGAGUAUUAGCGGACAAUCUGCAAUGCCCCCAAGUCUCCCAGCGGGAUAUUCACAAGCAGGCAACGGUGGCAUACCAACGGCCUCCCCGCCGGUUGUCGAGGCGCCAGAUAUGAUGGUACAUAUUCAAGUGCACGAGAGAGGCGCUCUUUCGACCCCUCCAAGAAAGAAGAGACACUCGCGGUUAUCAAGCUUGUUCGCGAAGAUAUUGCCAAGGGAGAAAACGCCUCCCCACUCCCCUUUGGCCCCAGAUAUUCGUCAUACCAAGGAACUUGAAUGGUGA